GGAGGAGGGGUGGCGGCGCCGUGGCGGAGGAGCAGGAGCAGGAGGGGGAUGCAGAGGAGACGGCUCCUGGGUGGCAUGGCGCUCCUGCUCCUCCAGGCGCUGCCCAGCCCCCUGUCAGUCAGGGCUGAGCCCCCGCAGAGGAUAUUUGUCAGUGUCUGGAGAUGUGUUGAAAGUGUAGCUGGCAUCCCGCAUGUGAAACCCAGGAGUGCACUAGCUGUCAUACGCGCUCAAGAAGACGUCUCGAAACCAGGGGACUGUCUGGCCUGAGGGUAAGGAAACCUGUGUGGGUGCCAACAAUGAAAGCUACAUCUGUGACACAGGACACUGCUGUGGACAGUCUCAGUGCUGCAACUACUACUAUGAACUCUGGUGUAAGUCCAUGUCCAGGGGGUUCUUGGCAUCCCAGGGUCCCGGUUACUGCCUCUGCUCCUUGGGAAACCGCGGGCUGGCCAGCCUUUUCUGAUUCUCUUGGGGACAGUGUUGGGUUCUGGCUAGUGUGGACCGUCAUCAUCAUCCUGAGCUGCUGCUGUGUCUGCCACCACCGCCGAGCCAAGCACCGCCUUCAAGCCCAGCAGCGGCAACAUGAAAUCAACCUGAUCGCCUACCGGGAAGCCCACAACUACACGGCGCUGCCUUUCUAUUUCAGGUUUUUGCCAAACUAUUUACUACCUCCUUAUGAGGAAGUGGUGAACAGACCUCCAACUCCUCCCCCACCGUACAGUGCCUUCCAGCUACAACAGCAGCAGCUGCUGCCUCCUCAGGGUGGCCCUGCAGGUGGCACGCCCCCAGGCGCUGACCCGCCCCAGGGCUCCCAGGGAGCACAGAGCAGUCCUUUGUCUGGAUCCAGUAGAAGCAGCACAAGACCCCCAAGUGUCACCGACCCUCAGCCCUCUGAAGUGCCCGCUGACCGGGCAGCCACCAAGGCCCCUGGAAUGGAGUCCAGUGGCUCAGUGGCCAGCCACGGGGAGCUGGCCCCGGGGGCCUUCCUGAACAGGGAUUCAGAGUGUAAGGAAGAGCUACUGAAAGACUCAAGUCUGGAGCAUGGUGGUGUACCCCCUGACAGCAAAGACAAGACACCUGGCAGACAUCGCCGCUUCACAGGUGACUCGGGCAUUGAGGUGUGUGUGUGCAACCGGGGCCACCACGAUGAUGGUCUCAAAGAGUUCAAUACACUCAUAGAUGAUGCCCUGGAUGGACCCCUGGACUUCUGUGACAGUUGUCACGUACGGCCUCCUGUUGACGAAGAGGAAGGGCUCUGCCUGUCAUCUGAAGAGCAGGCUCGAGAGCUGGGACACCCCCACCUGCCACGGCCACCUGCCUGCCUGCUGCUGAACACCAUCAAUGAACAGGACCCGCCAAACUCACAGCGCAGCAGCUCCCCCAGCUAGAACAGGUCCUGCCUGUAACCGAGAGCUUGACAGACAGCCAGGGUAGGAGACACCCACAAGAGAAGCAUUAAGUGACUUCAGAAGUGGCACAACCACUUUGGCUUUUAUUUGUUUCCCUCCUGUCCCGCUCUUCCCACAUCUCCAGGUACAAGUUUGGGGUGUGGAUGCCUCCUCCCCCACAAAAGCACAGUGUUGUAGAAGACGGAGACUCUGGUUCUGGGACUCAUUCUGCACCCCCACCUCCCUUUUCAGAGCUGUGUCUCGCCUACCUGCUUGGCUGAGAAACACAUGUCUGGAAAGCCCCCAGGACCGGGGCUGGGACUGGGUUCCAAGAUGGCUCUUGGUGUCAGAGUGGAUUUGUAAGAGAACUUCGCUGUGUCUCAGUCUGGGAGAGACAGUUUAUCUUGGCCCCGAGUGAAGAAGGAAACCCUCAGGGGCCUGUGGCUGUCACCUGUGGCUGUCACUGGCGGCUGCCAGUGCCUGCAGAGCUGGUAUUGGUCUAAUCCUGUGGGAGGGUGAGAGCAGGUACACAGGUUGGUGAGGAAGCUGGUUGGUCUGGCAAGCCCCGGGUGGAGAGUUCACCUCUGUGCAUUGGAGAGGGGGCCCUUCCCGGCAGGCUUUGGCGGCCUUUCGCCUGGUUCAGGUGUAGGCGCUUACACUGUGUUCUUUGUGUUUUCCUUGAAAAUCAAAUAACGAAGGCUAGCUGGAAAGGUGUCAGUGGGCAGGCAAGAACCCUCUUUUGGACAAAGGGAUUCUGGAGCUCUCCCUGAGUUUCCAAGAGUCUGGCUACUGUUGGGCCGGGAGGAGAGUGUGGUAGUCCUGGGCCUUUUGUGGGUGAAGGCCUAAGUCUGACGUCUGGUAGAGGUGUGGCACCCUCCCCCCUGCCUAUGCCCACAGGGAACCAGUGGUCCCUGGCCAUCCUGAACACAGUCUGCAGUCUCUACCCUUCCUCUGGACUGAGGAAGCUGUGUGUCCUGGGCAAGGCAGCCUCAUAGCCUGGCCCUCACACAGUAUUUUCUCUUGAGUUAUCCAAGUCUGUUGUUUGUGUGUUUGUUUGUUUUAAACUGACCACUUGGAAGAACACCUUGGUUAUCUGUGGUUCUCGUGGCUGCCUCUGCCCCGAGCCUCCUGGACAGCCUGUGUUCCUGUCCUCAGGCUCUAGAGGCCCAGCCGUGCUUUGGUAGGAAAAAGGAGCAUAGAAGCAGCCGAAGUGAACAUUCCCCACCCAGCCCCGUUCAUACUAAGAGAUUGGUUCUCUUCCUGCUCUUGAACGAUGAUACAUAGACUGGGUACUGCCGUUCUAGUGAGAAAAGGAAAGAGGAAGAAAAGAAAGUCCAAAUGUAAACACACAAACAAAUCUGAGGCUGGGAGGUAAUGUGUGUCUGCGUUUGGAUGCCACAAACCAAAAUCCUUGUCGAACAAAAGUGAAGUCUACACAGUGAUGUUGGAUGGUGUGUGUGUGUGUGUGUGUGUGUGUGUGUGUGUGUGUGUGUGUGUGAGUGUGUGUGUCCCCAAGCCCCGUGUUCCUGUGAAGAUACUUUGAAUGACCAUUCUGCUCACGUUAACCCCAUGUUUGGAGCACAUGUGGCCCUCUCAAGGUAAUUUAUUUUACGCAUUUACUGUUUACCGAACAAAUGUCUGACUGUGCCCGGGUGACACUGCCCUCCAGGGAGAGGACCUUUCUCAGCUCAUCACUGCGAUUUGCACAUUGCCCCA